UCGUGAUUGAUGUAACGUCGAAUUUUCCUCAAUAUCUUAUAUAAUAUGUCUGGUUUUAUCGCUUUUACAUAACCUAUAGGUGUGGCUAACCUACAUACGGCUGUCGGCUCAGUGUCUUGCCGAUACUGAAGACAGGGCGGUUGAUACGACUCCUAGCGCGGUUUUUGCCGUUGUGUUUUGUAACCGAGACACGGAAAUGAUGGCCGAACCUCCGGCAAAAGAAGAACAGGAGGCACCCGUCACACAAGUGGAAACAAACUCACAAACAGACUCACAAACCAAGCAAACUCCCGACGCCGUGGACGGGUCCCCUCAACCACACACUCAAGAAGAGACAACAACGUUACCAGACGUUUUGUCUGAACCCAAAGAAACCAUAGACUUCAAGGUUAUGUGGAAUAAGAAGAAAUAUGACAUUACCUUUCCUUUGGACGACACAGUAGAAAUGCUGAAGAAACAUAUUCAUAGUCUUACAGGGAUUCCCCCAGCUAUGCAAAAAUUAAUGUACAAAGGGUUAGCUCAAGAUCAGAAGACUUUGAGAGAGUUGAAGGUAACAAAAGGGGCAAAAAUGAUGGUGGUGGGCUCGACGCUAGACGAUGUGGUUGCAGCUACGACAGUCGACAAGGAAGCUAUCAAAGAGGAGGAAAAGAAAGAAAAGUCACAAAAGGAGUCAUUCUCAAGCCAGAAGCUCCACAAGAAAAUUCUGGACAAAGGAAAGCCAGAUGAUGUCAUGCCUGGACACAAAGGGAAAGAGAAACUCCCCACAGUUCCACUGUCUGGGAUGCUGAACAAGUCUGGGGGAAAGGUUCGUCUGACCUUCAAGCUGGAACUAGACCAGCUCUGGAUAGGCACAAAAGACAGGACAGACAAACUACCAUUGGGCUCCAUCAAAGCAGUAGUCAGUGAGAAAAUAGAAGGGCAGGAAGAAUACAGCAUUAUGGGAUUACAACUGGGCCCUACAGAAGCAUCCAGGUACUGGGUGUACUGGGUACCCUCCCAGUAUGUGGAAGCCAUCAAGGAUGCCAUCCUAGGAAAGUGGCAAUACUUCUGACAACCUAAAAUCCGUCAACCAACCCAAGAGAACACAUGGUACCCUUUCCAACGGGCUAUUUACAAUGUUGGAAGAGAGACUGAAAUAUUAUACGUGAUGAUACUAGUAUUGAGUAUCACGUCUACUGUUUAAUGUAUUUAACUGAAGAAAAUGUCUCUGGCUUUUAAGGAAGGUCUACACAACAAGGCAGUAUUGUAAUAUGAAUAGUCUUAGAGUCUGGCUCUUAGCAGCUAAAAAAACAACACAUGAUAGAAUGAAGAACAAUGUGCCAUGUAUAGUCAGAAAUAAAAGUUGUCAAGUUUGAGCUUGUGAACAGCAUCUGUAUGUUAGCCUGGUGUAGUGAUAGUGUGGCUAUUUUGUUGGGGACUUCCUUGUGAUAGAUACAGACCAUAUUGGCAGCAUUCUCACAUUGAGAGUCUGGUUAGAAAACCCGAGUGGUUUGUUACUGAGUCACUACAUGAACCAAGUUUGCAUUGAAUUGCAAAUUGCAAAAGUGUUGUAACCAAAAUAUGGAAAUGUUCACAUAGUGCUGUCCCUGCAUUGUGCAAGAUCUCAGGACGCCUUGUUGCUGGAUUUUCAACCAGACUGGUCUUUUGUCGUUCCUGUGUUCAGCAUUGAGUUGUUUAAUGGGCUAGUACAAUUCGCUGUGGCUAUUUAAACAACCUGCUUUUCUUAAAAAGAUUGUCCGAUAACAUGAGAAGUGCUAAAACUGCGUAGAACAUUCAACUUUCAUGUAUGGAUAAUGUAGAACUCCCAGCAUAUAGGUAGACUUUAGUUUAUGUGAAAGUAGAAAUAA